GGACCUCUUGCGAUCUUGCAUUGUGUGGAGUUCCAACUGCGUGCAUUUCUACAGGAGAGUAUACCUACUGCUACUCUCUGCAAUGCAGCAUUUUGGGUAAUUUACCCACCACGCCGGAAGCCAACCGCUUCCAACUGCCUCUGGUUUUGUAAAGAAAACAUACUGGUUGUAACCUGUUAGAGACUCGGUAUGUUCAAGCUAUCUCCUCGCAGGAACUCCAGAUCUAAAGGGUUCAAGGUCAAGCAUGCUCUGCAGCUAUUUCUUUUGCUGGGUGUCUGCGUCUGGCUGGCUUACCAAGUCAAGCAGUCUCAUGGCAAGAAAGCGGAGUUCAAGGAAACCAUAAAGGGUGGCGGCAACCAAAUCUUCAAGUUAGGAAGAAAGGAUCUAAAGCCUGUUGUGGAUGAAAUUGUUGAUAGCAAUGCAGGGCGGAAGGAGGAGGAAGAAGAAGAUAACAGGAAUGGAGAAGAGCGAAACAAGCCUGAAGAGAUCGAUAGCGUAGGGAGAGGCACUGGAGAUGAUGAGCUAAAUGAAAAUGGUGAAAAUAAAAUUGAAGAGAGAACAAAUGAUCCUGGAGAUUCUAUACAAGGAGAGAAAGAAAGUGAAACGAGCAAGGAGAUUACUAGUCAGGAGAAUGUGAAUGAAAAUGAAGAGAGCAAAGAGGAUGAAACUGGAAACGGAAGGGAUGAAGACGACAAAGCCAAGGAGAGUGAGGAAAGCAAUGAGAAGGAGACCGAAGGGACCAAAGAGAAAGAAAGUGAAGAGAAGGAGAAUGUACAGACCGUAGAGAAAGAAAGUGAAGAGAAGGAGAACGGAGAGACCAAAGAGACAGAAAGUGAACGGAAGGAGAAUGUAGAGACUACAGAGAAAGUAAAUGAAGAGAAGGAGAACGGAGAGACCAAAGAAACAGAAAUUGAACAGAAGGAGAAUGGAGAGAACAAAGAGCAAGAAAAUGAACAGAAGGAGAAUGACGAGACCAAAGAGAAAGAAAUUGAACAGAAGGAGAAUGAAGAGACCAAAGAGGACAGAAGUGACGAGAAAGGAACAUCAGAGGAGACUCAAGGGGUGGAUAAUAAAGAGGGGGAACAACGCAAUGAUACAGAUGAUAAAGAAAAGGAAGCCGAAGAGAAGGAAGGUGAUAAGAUUGAGAAGCUGCUUUUAACUGAUGAUCGGGUUCGAGUUCGAGGUGAAAUUGAUGAGGGGGCAAGAGAAGAGCCUUACAAGGCUGAUGAUGCCUCCAGUGCUAUGUCCCAUGAAAUUCAGAAAGCAACGCAAGAUAAUGAACAAGGCGGUUCAGAAAAUUCUAAAGAAGAAAAGCAGUUUGGAGACAAAGAAAAUAAUACAAAUAGCACUGAAGUGGUUGAUGUUGAUCAAAACAAGUCUGUCUCAAAUGUGGAAGUGACUGAAAAGAUUGAACUGAAUGAUAAUGAAAGGGCCAAGGAAGCUGAAGCGGGUGGUGGUGAGAGUAAUCAUUUGGAACCAGACAAUGGUUCCACGCGUAAUUCAACCGAUCAGCAGCAACUAGACACCAAGACAGAUGACUCUACACUGAAUAGUUCAACCAAUCAGCUGCAAGGGGACACAAAGAUGGGUGACUCUACACCACAAAAUUCUACAGAUCAGCAGCAAGUGGACCCUAAGAAAGAUGACUCUACACAGCAAAAUGUUGUAUUAGAGCAAACCAAGAGAUCUGAUGUAGCUACCAACAGCGAGCAACAAGACUCUAGCACAACAUCUUCCACUAUAACUCAGAAUGGAAAUGCAACAAAUGGAGUAACCCUAGAUACUUCUAGUAAUGCAGAAUCUGUUGUGUCGGAUAGUCAGACUGUCGACUCCAGUACACCUAUGGAAACUGAUAAAACUUCUGCACCUUCAACCAUGAGCGUUGUGCAGACUCAAAAUCUCAGCAGUGACAUGGAGGUAGAAGGAAAACAGGAAAAUAUACUCUCUCAAAAAACAAACGAGAAUGAAGAUGCUGGCCAAAAGCAACAAGUUGAUUCUUCAUUCCAACAAGAGAAAGAUGCACCCUCAAAGACAGAUAACAACUCUGAUGCUAGCCAGAAUGAAAAUGGCGGUGCUGUUCCGAACAACACAAAUGAAAAUGCCAAUACAGAUGCAGGCCAAAAGGAAGAAUCAAUUGACUUGUCGAAUUCUUCAGUAUCCCAAGACAAAGAAGAAUCUUCAAACACCAAUACUAAUGUUGAGGCUGGACAGAAUGAGAAUGAGAAUGUUAUUCGAAGCAACACCAAUGACAAUGCCAGUGCAGAUGCGGGCCAAAAGGAGAACGAAGGUGCUGUCGGAGAAGGAUCUGGUAAUGCCCAGAAAGAGAACGAAGAUUCUUCGAACUUGAAUGACAAUACUAAUGAGAGCCACAAUGUGACACUGGAUUCGACAAAUUCUUCAAUCCCCGAAGAAGAGAAAGAGGCUCGUAUAGACCUGGAUACUUUGCCGGAAAGCAAAACUGAAACUAAUAACGGUGAUGAAACGGCCGCUGAGUAAAACAUUUUAAUAAGUUCACCAUUCGUUGCGCAACCAUUUAUGUCAUUUUGAUUUCAUAUAUUUUUUCUUGUGGGGUGAUUAACUGUAACGUUCAUUGAUCACUCUACCACUCAACCUCCUUGUGAUUAUAGUGCUAAGGUAUAUUAUCAAUCUUGUGGGUAAUAUUUUGACAAGUUGUAAGAUUCAGGUUUUCUGCAAUUGCAUAAUUCUUAUGAUCCA